AUCGUUUCUUCCUGUUAAUUAUUAUAAGAUUUGUGUUAUACGAAACUUUCUUGCUAUAUAUUUUAAGGAAAUCAAGAUGGCAGCCCUCAGGGAAGCACUUGCUCUUUUGACAAAUCCAGCUCCUGUUUUCCAAGAUCCCGAAGAUAAUGAAGAUGAUACCAAUGCCAAACUUGUCAGCAAGUCUGUGGAGGAUGAGGAGGAUGCUGAGGAAGCUAGCCAAGUCUCAACCCUCCGUAAGAAGGCAGCAUUAACAACAGCUGAUUUGGGUGAAAAGUAUGCUGGAAAGAAAACAUCUAGGAACAAACUUUCACAAUUUGGUGAAAGUGAUGAUGAACUGGAGUCAGAUGAUGAGAAUGAGGAAGAUUUUGAAGUUGAAGACAAUGAAAUGGAGGAUGGUAAUUUGGAUUCAGAAUCAGAAUCCGAAAAUAAUGAUGAGGAUGAUGAAGAUGAUGAGGACAUAAAAUCCUUCCAGAAUAAACUUACUCUAGCUACCCAGAGUCCAAAGUCAUCAUUCAGUUUUGCUGAUGACGGAGACUUCAGUAAGUAUGCAGACAUGGAUGAAGAUGAUGGUGAAGAGGGAGAAGAUGAGAGUGAUGAAGAUGAUGAAGACGACGAUAGUGAAGAAAAUGAAGGUUACAGUGAUGAAGAAGAUAUGGAAGAAAGUUUAAAUGACAAUGAAGGAGAGAUUACAAAAUUUUCAAAAGCAGAUACCGACCUUGAAGUAGAGAAGGGCAAUGCUGCCAAAUCCCAACUAGGUGUGUGGGAUUCUCUACUUGAAAAUAGAAUAAAAGUUCAGAAAGUUGUUGGAUUGGUCAAUCAACUCCCCCAACCUGACACCUGGGGGACAUUUGAGGACCAUUCCGAAAGGGGAGACAACUUUACACAGACAUCAUUAACAGCCCAGGCAAGUCUGCAGAACCUCUUGGACAAACUGUUGCAGCUCCAGACAGUCCUCCUACUUCAGAACACUGAGACACGACACAUCGCCACUGGAACAGAUGCCUCAACGAAGUCUUCCAAGGAGAAGAGAUCUGGGGGAGGUGAUAAUGACGAGGAGAUCACCAGCGAGUCGGAGACAGAGGAGGCUGAGGAAGACCUUAAGUCUCUGAUACAAAAAACAGGAGUCAAACGCAAACAUACACUGGACGAAUACUCAGAGACCCUGACAAAGAGGCACAAAGAUUUUCUCAGGUUUAGAAACACCGCAAUACAGAAAUGGUAUGAUCGUACCCGUCUGGUCAGCGGAAAGGUUAACAGCAAGUCCUUCAGAAGUUUUGACCAAUCUGCACUGAAGCAGAUAGAACAGAUUCUUGGUGACAAGGAACGUUUGAUCAAAAGGACACAGUUGAAGAGAUCUGUGUUUAGGGUCUUAGGAACCGUAGAGAAAACGGAGCAGGAGGAGACAAAACCAGAUAAUCAAAAUUCAACAGACAUGGAAAAUCUGAAGAACUAUGAUCAAGAGAUAUUUGAUGAUAGCGACUAUUACCACCAACAAUUACGAGAAUUGAUAGAGCGAAAAGCUGCAGAUACCAACAACCCAGUAGCUCUAAGCAGACAUUGGUUAGAAAUUCAGAAAAUGAGGAAAAAGGUAAAGAAGAAUGUUGAUACAAAAGCCAGCAAAGGUCGUAAAACCAGGUAUGAAAUACACAAGAAGCUUGUUAACUUCAUGGCUCCUGAAGACCGAUGUUUAUGGACAGAUGAAUCUAGGGAUGACCUUUUCAAGUCAUUAUUUGGAAAAAGAUUCCAGCAACCUCCUUCUGAGGCGGAUAACAGCAAUGCUGUGAAAUGAUCAACUUGACAGUAGUUUUCCCCCAUUCAUUGUUAUAUAGUCAACAUAAAUAAAAUAUAUCUCGUA